GCUGAGCCCUCCUCCUUCCUCGCCCUCAAUGAAUCUGGGAGAGUCUUAGCCGAGAGGAGCUAAUGACUCUACGGGCGGAUUUAUUUGGGUUAUCUUAAAUUUUAAUAGAGUGGAGAAACAUAGUUAAAAUACGAAGCUUUUUAGUUUUUUUUUUUAAGUUGGUUGGAGUUCCAUCAACCCGAAUAAUUCCACCCUGUCUUCGACUCUCGGGAGAGUUUAGUUUGUCUGGUCGAUCGUAAUGUGGCUCAGGGGCUAAUCCUUGGACUUCAUUCAAUACUAAUUCACCUCGAAGCGCUUCGUUUGGGCGAGCCGAACUGAUUUAACAACCACACGCGAGAAUGACAGAAUACAAGCUGGUAGUUGUCGGUGCUGGUGGCGUUGGGAAAAGUGCACUGACCAUCCAGCUCAUUCAAAAUCACUUUGUAGACGAGUAUGACCCCACUAUUGAGGAUUCAUACAGAAAGCAGGUUGUGAUUGACGGAGAGACGUGUUUGCUGGACAUCCUGGACACUGCAGGUCAGGAGGAGUACAGUGCCAUGAGAGACCAGUAUAUGAGGACAGGAGAGGGAUUUCUCUGUGUGUUUGCCAUCAACAAUGCCAAGUCCUUUGAGGACGUACACCUUUACAGGGAGCAAAUAAACCGUGUCAAAGACAGCGACAAUGUCCCGAUGGUGCUGGUGGGGAACAAAAGUGACCUAGCUUCACGUACUGUAGAGACACGUCAAGCCCAAGAGCUUGCCAGAAGUUACGGGGUCCCAUUUGUUGAAACGUCUGCGAAGACACGACAGGGAGUUGAGGAGGCGUUUUACUCUCUCGUACGGGAGAUCCGAAGAUACAAGGAGACGAACCGCAGCAAUAAGAAGAGCAAAAAGCACACACAGAGACGUUGCACUCUUUUAUAGCGAUACACGCGCACAGCCUCGCACUGCACCUCCCCUGUGAUAGCAAUGCACUCAAGGUCACACAUACUCAUAUACACACAUACACGCAUACACUACUGUAGCAUCACACGUACAUACACAUCCUAUUCCCUUUUCUUACCGUUCCCUGUGUCUUAAACCACCAGCCUUUGAGGAAUAGGAACCUGACUGGCUGUUGAAUGUGUUUGUAUGUAUGUAUGUGCGCAUGAGACCUCAAUGAGAACCAUGCAACUGUGGAAUUGUUUAGGAUAAGACAUAUAUUGACCUCACGUUAUCAUAUUUGGCUGGGUAAUUUAGUUUCAAGUGGACUCGUCCACCAUGCGCUGCUGCUUCCCCUUCUGUGCUAAAAAGAUCUGAUGUAUGUCAGUUUUACUUUAGAACCACAGCAGCAAAGAACUUUGACCUUUAUAAGAAAUGAAUGAGGUGGUGAAGGGAUAUACUUUAAGUCGGUAAUGGGUAACUGUAUUUAAGUAAGCCUUAUGUCUCAUCUCCAAAUGUGUGAGCCAAUCAGCACAUCCGCGUGCUUCUGUUAGCGGUGGUCGGGAAAGAGGAAGCUAAGAAGUCCCCUAAUUUUUUUGUGUGGCCUGUGGGAAAGCACAUUAGAGCAAGUGGUCGCCACAUUCAAAACCACUAACAAUGUAUUGCACACCUUUAAAUGUGUUUCCACCUCACGCAUUGUGGAAUUUACCUAGCAGAGAUUUUCAGUACUUGAUAAAAACGCUGUAACUUCAUCAUCAAAGGGGAUUUCUAUAGUAUUUGCCUUGUCGUUUUGAGGAGUUUGUAUAAAAAUGUGGAGGGAAAAAAAAUGAAAUUUCAAACAUUCAUCACCCUCCCAGAAUCUGUUUUCCCCCAGGUUUCUGUUGUCAUGGCAUGGACUUCACUUAAUGUAGCCCUUCUAUAAUUAUGAAAUUCAAGUCAAGCUCUCUGCUUUUAUUAUUUUUUUACCAGCAGUAUUUCAUGGUAAAUUUCUGUAUUUUUGUAAGUUUUUAUUUUAUUGGUUUUCGUUACACAUACCGGCAUUGCAUUGGACAUUAAUAUUUCAUGUAUUAUGAUGAAUUGUGUAAAAUGCCAGUUGUUCCCACCAGUGAAGAGGCUUGGUUGAGGAAGGCGAGACAUUUUUCCCCCCCUGUUACUCUAUUUCUUUAGUUUGUCAGGAGCGACAGGAAUAGUUUUGGUUCAGACUAAACGUGAACAAAACUUGUGAUUGAUGCAUUCCCUUUGCCACAUUGACAUCUGUAGUUAUAUGUUUUGUGAAUAAAGAGACUUUUGGCUAGA